CAGGCACUUUGGAUCACAUCCUGUUCCAUGUGAUGUGGUACACGAGGAACUGAGCGCCAGGGACUUAUUUUCACAUUUCGAUGAGGCGUUUGAUUCUACUAAGCCUUUCAGGAGGCUCAUCAUACUGGAAGAUGUGGACCCGCGGAUGGCAGAGAUGCUUGGAGUCAAGCUCGACAUACCGCCAGAGUUUUGGCUUGCGCAUUGCGAUCAAACGUGUCGAUUUAAUCCAGUCGAUGGGAUCCGAAAUCGACAAGGGCGAUCCAAGUAUUGGAGAGUUCUCGUUCCACAGGUUCGAGAAGCGCCUUUGAUGGUAGAGCAGGAAGACGCCGAAUGUGUGAUCGAAGUAGGGGCUUUCGACCGGUUUAAUGUAGUCCUCCCUAAAAACGUGGCCCUAGGAUCUAUCAAAUUCUAUGGUCUCGUUUCUUUCUGGGGCAUGACGCAUGGUGAGGAUGGUUGGACACGUGAGUUACCAGACCCCCAGACUUGUUCCUCAAGCGUAUCUAAUGAUACUCUUGUGGAGUCGUCAUCCUUGUGGAUCCCCGGCAGACGAGCCUUCGAAAGCUGAAGGAAGGACAGAAGACAGAUUGUAUCAGUCUGUCGAAUUUUGGAUACAUGCGAAGGCGAAUCACCAAAGAGGUCAUCGUCGGCGCCAACGAUGCAUCACUCGUCGCUCCAUAUGCCUGUGUGAUAUACGAUGAUCUUCGUCGGGCAUACGAUGAAAACUUCGACAUCAUUUCCGAC